AUGGUCCUGGAAUCUGCUCAACGGUUGCAGAAGUACCUGAUUAAGACUGCAGAAUUCUGCAUCAUUAAACGGAGAAAAAUUGGUUCUGUGAAAUUUGAUGAGUUGAUGCUCUCAAUUAGCUGUGAAACCAUAAAGCCUCUGUACUCAUCAAGGUUCCAGUCAGGUGCAAGAGAAGCAAUGGAGGACUCCAGGGCUCUGAUUCAGGAAGGGGAUGUGUCCCGGGGGAGAUGGACAAGAGCUCUCAUAAAAGACGAGAGACCUGUGGAAACUGCCACCUGCCAGAGAGGAGCCAGUAGAAGCAAAACAUCUCAAGAUGGAAAUUCUUAUAAAGGUGGUAAAGUUGAUAUUCUCUGUGGUGCCCCUCAAGUAAGCCAGGCCCCAAGUGUGGAAGGAGGCCAGAAGACUGGACUAUUCCUAAAGCAAGGUUACAAGUCACCCAAUUUGGCUAAAGAAAACUCUGAAUGCCAGUUUUAUGUCUGGGCAAUUCUAGCCUUCUUGGGUUUAGCUCUGACUAUAUCGCUUAUCUUCAACAUUUCCCACUAUGUGGAAAAGCAGCGACAAGAUAAAAUAUACAUGUACUCCGAUGACUACUUUCCCAGGGAAAAUGAGUAUGACCUUGAAGACACACCAAUUUAUGGUAACUUAGAUAAUGUGGUCCCAGAACCAGUGGAUGAAAACUACUAUGAACAAAUGAAAGCCCGGCCAGAGAGAUCUGUGAACAAACUGCAAGAAGACGCCCCACCUUCACAGGAAACUGAAGCAAAGAUGUUCUAUGCCUCACUAGAUCACAGCUGUGAGGGGAAGCGCAGAAAGCCCAAGAAACAGAAAACUUAUUUGUCAGACAAGGAUGAAGAUGGGCAGGUACAUGCAAUGGAUAUCAACCUUUCUAAGACCACUUUGGUGGACAGUUUCCCACCAGAAAGCCAGGCAAUAGAGGAAAACAUUCAUGAUGAUCCCAUCAGGCUGUUUGGAUUGAUCCGUGCACAGAAAGAAACUGUAAACUAG